GCUCUUCUGAAAAAGUCGUGCGAGGAGCAGCGGCGUGUCAGAAAGAGGGGCUCGGAUUUAUCCGGUGAACACGGUGGAGAGAAACAAAAAUGGCAGAUACUUUGAUACUCUUCACGUCCAUUGGGCUCAGUGAGCAGAAAGCGAAGGAGACGCUGAAAAAUGACGCGCUGAGUUCCGCCCUGAAGGACGCGAUCAUUCAGGCUCGGCGUACCUGUGGUGCGUCCGGCGUGGACAAAGCCAUCGGUACAUUGCUGUACAGCAUGGCGUCUCGCCUCAAGGACCCCAAGCGCGUGGCGUUCCUUUCAGACGCCAUCGUUCAGGGCAAAAUCUGCACAGAGCUGCAGCUGGCAGCUGCACUGGACUUUGUGAAGAGUCAUCCUCACGACCCCAUCGGGCAGGCGGACUUUGAAGAGGCGUGUGGAGUGGGCGUGGCCAUAACACCGGAGCAGAUCGAAGAUGCCGUGGAGUCGUUGGUGGGGAAGCACAAGGACCAGCUGUUGAAGGAGAGGUACCACUUCAACAUGGGACUGCUGAUGGGUGAAGUUCGCUCCGCUCUGAAAUGGGCCGACGGGAAGGUCGUCAAAAACGAGGUGGACCUGCAGGUGCUGCAGCUGCUGGGCCCGAAGACAGAGGCCGACCUGGAGAAGGUCAAGCCCCAGAAAGCCAAAGGCAGCGAGGGGAAGAUGAAGGAGGAGGCGGCGGCCGAGGAGGGCGCGGCGGGGGAGGGGAGGUCUCUGAUGGAGCAGCUCCGAGGAGAAGCUCUGAAGUUCCAUAAACCAGGAGAGAACUAUAAGACCGAGGGCUACGUGGUCACGCCCAACACAAUGGACCUGCUGAAGAAGCACAUGGAGCUCACUGGCGGACAGAUCCGUUCCCGUUUCCCCCCCGAGCCGAACGGGAUCCUUCACAUCGGGCACGCCAAGGCCAUCAACUUCAACUUUGGGUUCGCAAAGGCGAACAACGGAAUCUGUUUCCUGAGGUACGACGACACGAAUCCAGAGAAGGAGGAGGAGAAAUACUUCACGGCCAUCCGGGACAUGGUGGAGUGGCUCGGCUACGAACCGUUCGCCAUCACGCACGCGUCCGACAACUUCCAGAAGCUCUACGACCUCGCCCUGGACCUCGUCCGCAGGGGUCACGCGUACGUGUGCCACCAGAAAGGGGAGGAGCUUAAGGGCCACAACGCCCCCCCGUCGCCGUGGAGGGAGCGACCCGCCGAGGAGUCGCUGCUGCUGCUGGAGCGCAUGAGGAAGGGUCUGUUCGCCGAGGGGGAGGCCACGCUGAGGAUGAAGAUGGUCAUGGAGGACGGGAAGCUGGACCCCGUGGCGUACCGCAUCAAAUACACGCCGCACCACCGGACCAGAGACCAGUGGUGCAUCUACCCCACCUACGACUACACCCACUGCCUGUGUGACUCCAUAGAGAACAUCACCCACUCGCUGUGCACCAAAGAGUUCCAGGCCCGGCGCUCGUCGUACUUCUGGCUGUGCAACGCGCUGGACGUGUACUGCCCGGUCCAGUGGGAGUACGGCCGGCUGAACCUCACCUACACCGUGGUGUCCAAGAGGAAGAUCAUCAAGCUGGUGGAGACCGGCGUCGUCCGGGACUGGGACGACCCCCGCCUCUUCACCCUGACCGCGCUGAGGAGGAGGGGAUUCCCGCCGGAGGCCAUCAACAACUUCUGUGCGAGGGUCGGCGUGACGGUUUCCCAGACGACCACGGAGCCCCACCUCCUGGAGGCGUGCGUGAGAGACGUGCUGAACGACACGGCGCCCAGAGUCAUGGCCGUGCUGGAGCCGCUCCGAGUCACCAUCGCCAACCUGCCCGAGGGCGCGCCGGCCGACGUGCGUGUGCCGGACUUCCCCGCCAACGAGGCCCGGGGCAGCCACACGGUGCCGUUCACCAGCACCAUCUUCAUCGAGCAGAGUGACUUCAGAGAGGUGAUGGAGAAGGGCUACAAGCGUCUGACCCCGGACCAGCCCGUGGGUCUGAGGCACGCCGGCUACGUGGUCUCCUUCCAGAAGGCCAUCAAGGACGCUCGGGGUCAAGUGGUAGAGCUGGAGGUCACCUGCUGCAGUUCAGAGACCGCAGAGAAACCAAAGGCCUUCAUCCACUGGGUCAGCCAGCCGCUGACGUGUGAAGUCCGCCUUUAUGAACGACUGUUCCUGCACAAACAUCCAGAGGAUCAAUCCGUGGUGCCCAACGGCUUCCUGAGCGACAUCAACCCUGACUCCCUGCACGUGAUCAGCGGCGCCUUGGUGGACGCCUCGGUGAAGACGGCGAAGGCGUUGGACAAAUUCCAGUUCGAGAGAGUGGGCUACUUCUCCCUGGACCCCGACAGCACCGCGGAGAAGCUCAUCUUCAACAGAACCGUCACCCUCAAAGAAGACCCCGGCAAGAUCUGAUCCACGGAUGGACCUCCAGCCCACGGACACACGGCCAAAUAGUUCGCAUCACUCAAUCUGUGAUUUUUUUAAAAAGCCAAAUAGUCGGCGCUGUGAUAAUUGCAGCCUGUGGUUUCUAAAAUGCGGUUCCCUUUUUAUGGAUCCGUCUCCCUGGAGGACUCACAUGCACCGUUUACCUCUUUGUGGAAUGGACCGUAUGUGAGGAGAGGAUUUAAAAUACAGUACAUUACUUUUUUUUUUUUUUUUUUUUUUUUUUUUUUUUUUUACAAAGGAGAGAGAUCAUUGCCAAACCAUCACAGGCUUUUAUUCUUUUUAAUAAAGACUCAGAGCGGUG